UACCCUCAGCAGGUCUGAGUUUCAAACUCAGAAAGAGAUAAACGGAGCUAAACGGAAAUAAAAGGAGGUGAACAGAGCCGAAAUCCUAACAUGUUGCUCGGACAAACUAGAACCAGAUGUCGGGAGUUUACUGGACCAACACCGAACUCAGUGGCUGUGAAAGAGAAGCCUCCAGUGGACAGACAGAAACGACACGCGGCCCAGAUGACUGUGGACGGACACAAACGAGACGCGGCCCAGCACCUCCUCCAGUUCUCCAAUCAGCUGCAGCGGAGCGGCGCCCAGGGGGCGUGGCUUCAAAGCUCCGAGCGACGCUUCAUCAGGGAAGACCUGCAGCGGAGAGUGAAAGCUACAGUGAAGCAGCAGGAGGAACAUCUGGAGAGGAGGAGGCUCAGGUUUACUCAGAUUACUUCACAGUACUCCACGCUACUUUACCUGUGCGUCAUGUGACGUCAGCAGGAGACGAUCGACUUGGCGUUCUGCUGCAGGAGGAGAAGGUGCAGCUGCUGCAAGAGAUGGAGGAGAAGAAGAAGGAGGCUCUGGAGGAGAGACAGGUGGAGAUGAAGGAGAAAGUGGAAGUUUUGAGAAACCGAAGAGAGAUGGAGAGAAAACAGCUGGUGUCAGACAGGAUGGAGCUGCUGUCCAGCAGUUCUAAAUGGUUUUCCUGCUGGAGGGAGCAGAGCGAGGAACUCCGCAGCCGACAAGCGAGGAGACGGCAGCAGCAGGCGAGUCAGGAUCAGGAGGCUCAGGUGAGGAUCAGGGAGGAGCUGCAGCUUCAGCAGCAGCAGGAGGAGAAGAUGUUCGACGAGCUGAUGGAGGCAGAGCGACGGGUCGAAGAACAGCAGGAGAACCUGAGAGUCCGGAGCAGGAGACAGAAGAACCAACAGCAGCUGGAGGUCCUGAAGAAGCAGAUGGAUGAAGCCGAGCAGCAGAAACAGCAGCAGAAGAAGCUGAAGGACGAGGAGACCAGACUGCUGCUGGAGCAACAGAAGACGGAACAUCUGCAGGAGCAGCAGCAGAAGCAGCAGAAGCUCCAGAACCAGCAGAACCGACGGCAGCAGCUGGACCAAGACUGCCGGCUGAAGAUGAAGCGUCUGGCCAGAGAGCAGCGAGCAGAACUGCAGCUGAACAAGAACAUCCUGGAGCAGCUGCUGCAACAAGACACCGAUGAGAAGCAGGAGGCCGCCAGGAGAAAGGUGCAGCUGUGUGAGGAGCAGCUCCGGUACCAGCAGCAGCUGUCUAAGGAGCUUCAGAGGCGGCAGAAGGAGGACCAGGAGACAGAGCUGCUGCUGGACCAGAACCUGGAGGAGGUCUGGAAGAAGAGGGACCAGCAGAACCAGCUGCAGAGGGAGGCCAGAAGGAGGCUGAUGGAGGAGGUGAUGGAGACCAGACAGCUGCAGGUCCAACAGAACCGCGACAGGAAGCAGCAGGAAGUCGUUCAGCGUUUCAGAGAUGGAGAAGAAGUGAAACAACGGAUGGAGGAGCUGAAGCUGAAGGAGCAGGAGGACCAGAGACGACGGUACCAGAUGGAGGUCCAGUACCAGGUGGAGCUGCAGGAUCAGAUCCGGCAGCAGAAAGUUCAGAAACAGAACCAGGACCCGGUCAGGAGGUCCAGAUGGUCCAGGUCUGCCCCCCAACACCAGCAGAACCCAACCCAGAACAAAGAACUGAACCAGAAUGUUUCAUUAAACUCUUCAGCUCUGACCUGAACUGAACUUUUGUCUGAAGCCUCAUUCUGGACUUCAGUGAAGAUCACAACAUCUUCGUGUUCUCCACUGUGGUUCAUCUAAAGUCCUGCAGCUCUGAGGAACCAUAACAUCAUGAAGGAGAAGAACUCAGAGAUGUUCGUCUGUCGGUAGAACGGUGGAAACCAGAGAAAAUAAACACUCCUUUGAUUACUACGUUUAGAAAAUGAAAUAAAACCUGAACCAGAUGUUUAAACUCUCAA